CACAGCCGCACACACACCAGGGAAAGAAAUAGGCAAAUAUCAAACGGCCCUGAUCUCACUUUAAACCCCAUCAACACGGCACCACCAAAGAUCCUAGAUACAUACGUCGCUGCUUACACGACAUCGUAUCUCUCACGUGCUAUCCACCCUGUGCGCAUUUUAGCAUCACAGCCUCCAAAAACUCCACCUUCCCCUUCCCUUUCUCUCCCACUCGUAGCCCCGCAGAGACGACAAACGGAAAAUCAAUUCUAUCUCUUCGCAUAAAUUGUCACUAUUAUGAUGGGAAGUAACUUUCUUUAUCCACCGUCAAAACGACCAAUACAAUACAACGCAGCUGGAAUGCCCGACCCGAACCCGACAGCGAAUGGAUUAUCCAAUAAACGACCUAAACAACCUCCGGCUAAUCAAAAUGCAGCAGCGCCGUUACCUUUACCGCCAGGACACGUAUCGUUCCGAUUGCUCUGCCACGCGUCGAGAAUCGGUGGGAUAAUAGGAAAAUCAGGAACCAUAAUCAAGCAGUUACAGCAGCAAAGCGGAGCCAAGAUCCGAAUAGAAGAGUCUCCGGCAGAGUCAUCGGAUAGGGUUAUAACGGUAAUUGCAGAAGGUCAGAUUGUUUCCAAAGUAAGGGUUGAGAGUGAAGAAGUUGAUGUUUCGAGAGCACAGGAAGGUUUAAUUAGGGUUUUUGAGAGGAUUUUGGAAGUGGCCGCGGAGAGUGAUGGGAUAAAUGUGGUGGCUGGUGGAGGAGGUGUUGUUUCGUGUAGAAUGUUAGCUGGGUCGAAGCAGGCGGGUUCGGUUAUUGGGAAAGGAGGGAAAGUUGUUGAGAAGAUAAGGAAAGAUUGUGGUGUUAAAAUCAGGGUUUUGACUGAUAAAUUGCCCGUUUGUGCCGGACCUAAUGAGGAGAUGAUCGAGAUUGAGGGCGAUAUUUUAUCUGUAAAGAAAGCACUAAUUGCAGUUUCUCGCUGCCUUCAAGAUUGUCAACCAGUUGAUAAACCAAGGGUGGGUAGCAGCAAAUAUUUUGAGGCAGUUCCCCAAGAACCUUUGCCUGAAAUGCGUGUAGAGAUUGCCCCGCAGCGUAAUAUUAUGGUACCAACCAUGCAAAAUAAUGCCGUUAGUUGUGCUCCGGUGCCUCAUAAUUUUUUGUUAGAGACUGAUAGGGUUCCCUCCUUGGACAUGAAGUUGUUCCAACAGGAAGUGGUUUUCAAAAUUCUUUGUCCCAAUGACAUGGUUGGGGGUGUUAUUGGAAAGGGAGGCACCAUUAUCAAGGCUCUCCAGAAUGAAACGGGCGCUUCUAUUACUAUAGGAGCUACUAUAGCUGAGAGUGAUGAACGUCUGAUCACUGUUAUUGCUUCAGAGAAUCCAGAAUCUCGAUAUUCUGCUGCACAGAAGGCUGUUGUCCUUGUGUUCUCAAGGUCUGUGGAGGCUGGCACUGAGAAGGGACUAGAUUCAAGCUCAGGUAAGGGGUUCCCUUUUGCUGCCAGGCUUGUUGUACCAUCAAACCAGGUUGGUUGUUUGUUGGGAAAAGGAGGCAUUAUAAUUUCAGACAUGCGUAAGACAACUGGGACUAGCAUAAAAAUCUUAGCUGGUGACCAGCUUCCAAAGUGUGUACCAGAAAAUGAACAAGUGGUGCAGAUUUCAGGAGAUUUCAUGAAUGUGAAGGACGCAGUGUAUCAUGUAACUGGCAGACUCCGAGAUAACCUGUUCUCCAGUGCACUGAGUACUCCUGUUACAAGGAGCACUACUGUAAUAACCGAGGCUAGUCCCUAUGGAAGACUGAAGGAGCCAUUGAGGGAUGCCUUUAAGGAGCCAUUGAAUACCUUUAGAGAGCCGUUGGGAGAUGCAUUUAGGGAUCCUUUGAGGGCUGCAAUGAGGGGUCCUUUGAGGGAUGCAAGAAGGGACCCUUUGAGAGAUUCUUUUGGGGAUACAUUGAGGGAUCAGUUGAGGGAUACAUUGAAGGAGCCUCCAAGGGGUCCUGCCCCUUAUAAUUUGCACCCACCAAUUGGUGUUUCUCAUAGUUUAAAUCGACAUAAUACGCUUACACAGAGUAUGGAUCAUCUAGGACUUUCCCAUAGUUUAGAUGGCCCCAUCUCACCGAGGUUGUGGGCAUCACAGACAAUGGCUGGAAUAAAUCCGAGGGUUGUCCCAGAUGCCAGUAGAGGAUUUACUUCAUUUAAAGGUGGCUUAGAACUUGGCAGUGGAAGCAAAUCUGCUAUAGUGACGAACACAACUGUAGAGAUUAGAGUUCCUGAAAAUGUUAUUGGCUCUGUGUAUGGGGAGAAUGAUAGCAAUCUUACUCGUUUGAGACAGGACAAAAGGAUGUUGAUGAAUCAGGAAUAGCUGAGACAUUACUUGCAGACUGUAUUUUCCUCAUUCCCUGUGGCUAAACUAUUCUGGUCCAGGAAACCGAAACUUAGUUUCUAUCAAGCUUGCUCUUUUAUCAAGCUUGUUCUUUUGGGGUCAAGCCGGGGCUUCCUUUAUAUAGGCUCCUCUUCCCCUUUUGCUUUUUUUUUUUUUUCUUAAUAUUAUUAAUUAUAGGAUGCUUUUUAGACACAGAGUUGCUUUUGAUAUUUAAAACUCACAAUGCUGGCUACUUUAGAGUUUGCGACACCUUAAAUGAAUCUAGUUUUAAAUAUGAAGAAAAAAAGAGACUUAUUUUGAUGGUUUGAAAAGGUGUUCUACAUUAACAAUAAAAUCAGUGUAUCAAAUCCUGAUUCACUGAAACACAUAAAUUUUGAAAUAUAAACUUGAAUCAUAGUUGCCAUUAAAAAAAUUAAACUUAUAAUCUCCAUCAUUUUUGGCCAAAUUGUGAUGGUUGUAAAAACACUACAUUAAUUUGAUACCCCUUGGUAUAUCUACAACCAUUAGAAACUUGAUCAACAAACACAAAGUCUACAAUUUCAAUUCUACAAUCAUCAUACAAACAAACCAAACCCACAAAUCAAUAGAAAAUUCUUCUAGGCAGUCCCCAGUUAACUGCUAAUCACAUCACUGUAAUUUCUACAAUCAUCAUACCAAACAAACUUCAUAUCCACAAAUCAAUAAAAAUCCUUCUACACAAGCCAGUUAACUGCUAAUUACGCCAAGCGGGUAAAUACAUAUGCUUGGGAUAAUAAUGAAGAAAAACAGAAAAGGUCAAAGAAAAAAUUUGUGCAAUCCCAAUUCUAAAAUAUCCUACAAAAAGCAAAAUGGAACAAAACUUGGGAACUUUUAUCUUAAUGUUUUGAUAGUGAUUGUAACGAAGACAUGUACAUUCAGGAACUGAUUAGCCUAAAAUGAUAAAAUUGAGCAUGGAAAAUAUGUCAUCCUGAUGAGAUGGAUUUUUAUACUCUAUUUAAUUUAGUCCUGAUUCUUCUUUUAAAUACUAAUGAAGGCUAUAAUUAGUCCGAAAACUGUUUCAAUCUUGAAGCCAUUUUAUACAGAAUAUAUUAUUCUUAAACUCAACAGUCAGCUCAUCAUAUGAU